ACCACCCUUCCCUCCCUUUAUAUCCAUUUCCACUAACCAUUCUCUCUCACUUGUUGUAUUCAUUUUUCUGAUAUUUGAAAGGGAAGUUGUUCAAUCUUUUUCAAGACUUUCAACAUACAAACCAGCAAAUAUAUCACCUUACAAUAUCAAAAGAUACAUAAAAACAAACAUGAUUUUGAACUCAGACCACACUAAUGAAUGCUUUGAUCCAACUUCUAUUCAAGAUCAAACACUUGGUCAACAAAUUGUUGUCCCAAAUUUUAGUCCUCCUUUAACAUAUACCCAACAAGAUGGCUUGAGUUUUGAGUACCAGAACCAAAUGGGCUUAGAGAUUGAUAACCAAAUGAUUCAAGAAACUGGUUUGGCUAAUUGGGAUGUCACACAAAAUCAAGAUAUGAACUUUACUCAAGAGUCCCAAAUGCUCAAUAAUUUUAGUACUCAUAACCAAAGUUUCGUAAACUCUGAUUCUUAUUUCUUGACACAAACUACUCCAUGCACUCAGGCUAAUGAUAUGCUUAGCUUUUCAUCGAUUUCGUUCACUAAUCCAAGCCAGAAGUUUGGUUUUUCUGGAGAUGUUGGUAAUGUGUCUGGUUCAAACAUCUUGUUUGACCCAAUGAGUCAUUUGAACCUUCCUCCUCAGACUCCUUUGUUUAGGGAGCUGUUUCAUCAGUCUUUUCCAGGAACAAAGAGUGAGGGCAAUGGAGAAUUUGAUGAUGGGGUUUUCGAGUUUGGCAGCGAAAUGAAAUUCUUGGCUAAAGGAAAGGAAGCUAAGACAACCAAACAUUUGGGGACUGAGAGGCAAAGAAGGGUUGAUUUGGGUGGCAAGUACACUAUUUUGAAGAAUUUGAUUCCGAGUCCCACCAAGGGUGAUAGAGCUUCAAUUGUGGCUGAUGGAAUUAAUUACAUUAAAGAACUUCAAAGAACAGUGAAUGAGCUAAAAGUUAUGGUGGAGAAAAAGAGGUACCAUAGGGACAGAUUGAGAAGGCACAAGAUUGAAGAUGAAUCUGGGCUGGAAGUGGAGAGUGGCAAGCCUAAUGGUGAAAUGGGCCAGGCUUUUAAUGGGCCAUCACUUAGGAGUUCAUGGCUUCAGAGGAAAUCCAAGAACAUUGAGGUUGAUGUGAGGAUUAUUGAUGAUGAAGUUACUAUUAAACUGGUUCAACAAAAGAGGAUUAACAGUUUGCUGGUUGUGUCGAAAGUUCUGGAUGAGCUUCAGUUGGAUCUUCAGCAUGUUGCUGGUGGACUCAUUGGUGAUUUUUACAGUUUUCUGUUCAAUUCAAAGAUAUAUGAAGGUUCCUCAGCAUAUGCAAGUGCAAUAGCUAACAAGCUCAUUGAUGUUGUGGACAGGCAGUAUGCAGCUGCCUCUCAAACGAGUAGCAGCUACUAGAUAGGAUGCAAUGGAGGCUCUGUAACGGCGAUUGAUGCUCAGCUAGCUACUGAUAGAGAGCCUACUGAUAGAGAGUUGAUAAAGUGAAUAGAAAUGUAAAUCAUUUUCUUUCUUAGGCAUAACGAUGAGAUCGGAUUAUUAUGUUGUUUUAAUCUGGAUGUGUUAUGCAUACAUCAGGUCUAGUUACUUGAACUUGUGAUCUUCAACAAUGUUUUAAACCCUAUAAUCACUAGUCAUUGUUUUCUCAACAUUUUAACAGUACAGGCUGUGAUCAUAAAUGUUAUCAGUU